GGGCGCGGAUGGUCGCGUCGCGGGGAUCCCGGACGCCGGGGCGGGAGCUCAAAUCUCCCGGGUCGGGAGCUUAAAUUUCCCGGGCGGGAGCGCGGGGCCUACCGGGAAGGCGCCGGGUCGGUUGUGCGCCCGGCGGCGGCGGCGGCGGCGGCGGCGGCGGCUGCCGCGAGUGGGCCUCGCCAUGCAGAGCACAGACCUGGGCAACAAGGAGAGCGGCAAGCUGUGGCACCGCAAGCCCUCCCCGGCCGCUCGGGACGGGAUUAUAGUGAACAUCAUUCACAGCACUUCUGACUACCUUCCCAAAGUCUUGCGAUUUUUGAAUGUGGCUUUUGAUAGCUCAGGUGAUUGCGUAAUUGCUGGGGACCAUCAAGGAAAUAUCUAUGUUUUUGACUUGUAUGGAAACAGGUUUAAUCUUGUUCAGCGAACAGCACAAGCUUGCACGGCUCUGGCCUUUAAUCUCCGUAGGAAGUCUGAAUUCCUUGUGGCAUUAGCUGAUUAUUCUAUUAAAUGUUUCGAUACAGUUACCAAGGAGCUUGUUAGCUGGAUGAGAGGCCAUGAGUCAUCAGUGUUUUCGAUCUCUGUGCAUGCCUCAGGGAGAUACGCCAUCACUACUUCUUCCGACACGGCCCAGCUAUGGGACUUGGAUACCUUUCAGAGGAAAAGAAAGCUGAAUAUUCUACAGUCUGUGGGUAUCCAAAAGGUUUUCUUUUUACCAUUAAGUAAUACCAUCCUCAGCUGUUUUAAAGAUAAUUCCAUCUUUGCCUGGGAAUGUGAUACUCUUUCUUGCAGAUAUCAAUUACCAGCUCCACCUGAAAGUUCUAGUAUAUUAUACAAAGUAUUUGCCGUGACCAGAGAUGGUCGAAUCCUGGCCGCUGGAGGGAAAUCAAAUCAUCUUCACUUGUGGUGCUUGGAAGCUAAACAGCUAUUCAGAAUUAUUCAGAUGCCUACUAAGGUUCGAGCCAUCCGCCACCUAGAAUUUCUCCCUGAUAGUUUUGAUGCUGGUUCCAAUCAGGUUCUUGGAGUGCUAAGUCAAGAUGGUAUAAUGAGAUUUGUUAAUAUACAGACUUGUAAACUUCUCUUUGAAAUUGGGAGCCUUGAUGAAGGAAUUAGCUCAUCAGUAAUUAGCCCACAUGGACGGUACAUUGCAUCUAUUAUGGAAAAUGGAAGUCUGAACAUAUAUUCAGUUCAAGCUCUAACACAAGAAAUAAAUAAGCCACCUCCUCCCUUAGUGAAAGUGAUUGAAGAUUUGCCCAAGAGUAAACUGAAUUCUGGUGACCUUAAGAUAAAAGUAACAACAGGAAGAGUACAGCGGCCAGCAAAAUCAAGGGAAAACAAAAUACAAACCAGAAUACUAAAGCAAGACCUGGCUGGUAGUUUUGAAAAUAAAGAGAUCCUGUUGCCCCAGCCUUCAGUCUCUGGCGCAUGGCUCUCAAAGGGGGAUCUUCAUUCACCAUCCUCUUGGGUUUUCCCUUCACCCCCUCUUACAUUGGACUACCUGUUUUUUAUGAAUGAGUUGUCCGAUGGCUUGAACAAAAACCGUUUACAAGUCUUAUUAAAAGGCUAUGGUGAAUAUCCAAUGAAAUACAGAAUGUUCAUUUGGCGUUCUCUUCUACAACUGCCUGAAAACCAUACGGCAUUUAGCAGCCUGGAAGAUAAGGGUGUUCAUGUGGCAUUUCUCAACCUUCAGAAGAAAUACCCCAUCAAAAGCGGGAAACUACUCAGAGUAUUACAGAGAACCCUAUCUGCAUUAGCUCACUGGUCUGCCAUCUUUAGCGACACACCAUAUCUUCCACUCUUGGCAUUUCCAUUUGUAAAAUUAUUCCAGAACAACCAGCUCAUUUGUUUUGAAGUUGUUGCUACUCUCAUAAUCAAUUGGUGUCAACACUGGUUUGAAUAUUUCCCUAACCCUCCCAUCAAUAUUCUCAGUAUGAUAGAAAAUGUUUUGGCAUUCCACGACAAAGACCUGCUGCAGCACUUCAUAGAUCAUGACAUAACUUCCCAGCUGUAUGCAUGGCCUCUUCUUGAAACUGUUUUUUCAGAAGUACUAACAAGAGAGGAGUGGCUAAAAUUGUUUGAUAAUGUCUUUUCCAACCAUCCUUCAUUCCUCCUGAUGACUGUGGUAGCCUACAACAUAUGCUCUAGAGCUCCUUUGCUCAACUGCAGUCUUAAAGAUGAUUUUGAGUAUUUUUUUCAUCAUCGGAAUAACCUGGAUAUAAGCGUUAUCAUUAGAGAAGUCUAUCAUCUCAUGGAUACCACUCCUACUGAUAUUCAUCCCAAAAGCACGCUUCAUGUCUUUGUGGCCUUGACAAAAGGGCAAUAUCCAGUAUUUAACCAAUAUCCAAAGUUUAUUGUGGACUAUCAGACACAGGAGCGAGAAAGAAUAAGGAUUGAUGAAUUGGACUACCUGAGGGAGAGGCAGAUGGUUGAAGAUAUGCAAGCUGAGGUAGACCAGCAGAGAGUUGAAGACGAAGCUUGGUACCAAAAACAAGAACUACUUCGUAAAGCCGAAGAAACGAGGAGAGAAUUGCUCUUACAGGAGGAGGAAAAGAUGAUACAGCAAAGACAGAGACUAGCUUCUGUGAAAAGAGAGCUGAAAGUCAAGGAAAUGCACUUACAAGAUGCUACACGGAGGCGGUUUCUGAAGCUGCAGCAAGAUCAGCGUGAAAUGGAACUAAGAAGACUGGACGAUGAAAUCGAGAGAAAGGUACACAUGAGAGAUCGAGAAAUUGCUACUACAGCGAAAGACCUAGAAAUGAGACAUCUGGAACUCGAAUCGCAAAAAAGACAUUAUGAGAAGAAUCUUAUUAGAAAUCAGGAAGCUGUUGCAAAAGAAAUGAGAGAAGAUGCAAAUGCCUUUAGACGAAAAGUGGAUCUUGAAGAACACAUGUUUCAUAAACUGAUAGAAACAGAUCAAACUCAGAACCAAAAAACUCAGGAGUUAAUUGAAGAAAAUUUGGCAAAAGCUGAACAAGCAUGUCUAAAUGCCGACUGGCGAAUUCAAGCUUUACAUAAACAAAGAUGUGACGAUCUGCAGCGAAACGAGUGUUACCAGGAAGUGGCCAGACUUCUUCGGGAAAACAGAAGGAAAGAAACAGAAGUAUUAGAUGCAAUGAUGGGGGAGGAAGCUAAAAAGGAGCUGUGGCAUAGAACACUGACGAACUCUGGGAGUUGUAGGAUAUCUUAACUGCAUUAUUUUCGUCACCCUUGAGCUAAUUUGAAGAUCAUCAUUUUCUCACUUUAUGAAAAAGGAAGUCGGGGUUCAUAGAAAUUCCUUGACUUCCCUGAGGUUGGUCAGCAUGUGUACCAGAGCUGGGCAAAUUUUAUUAAGGGAUAGCGUUCAGAUUAAAUAAGACCAUUGUCAUGAAUUUAAAAAACUAGCUUAAUCCCACAAGAUUCGACAUGUAUUGAAAUGACUUGUUGUUUCAAAGACAGUGGGCACCCAUCUGUGUGCUGUGUGGCCCCCUGACGUACUGAGUGGUACGUGAGAAGUGCCUCUGCCCUCAAGGUCAAAGACAGGCACUCAGAUUACCCGAAAACCGAACAGAUCCUGCAUGCCAUGGGAACCCCAAAGGAAGUGGAGUAGAGGAAACAAAAGGGACUUACUCCACUGUCGGAAGCGACAUUACCCCAACUUUUAGGUGAUUUUUCUUUUCUUUCAUUUAUUUGCAUAUAGUGGGAGGAAGCUAAAGAAAAAGACUUUCAUUUGAAAUCAGAAAAGAAAGCUUUGGCUCUCGCA